AAUACAACGCAUUAAGUACAUGACAAGCACGACGUAUGAACAAUUAAGUUCGGCGGUUUUAAUUUUGAUCGACUCAAGGAUAUAGCUCGGCUGGGCUUGCCGUGCCUAAUGUAUUAAGUUCGACACGGCACGUUGUCAAUUCAAACGGCGACCUUCUCAUGUGCCGAACUUAAAAAAGCGACGUGAAAGGAGUAGCGUUAUCACCCUAUUCGUGCGUACAUAUCCUACUCAAUCCAUGAUCUAAACCCGAGUAAACUGGCGCGAAUUUUAUGGCGCUCAUUUGUAAACAACAUGGCUUCUUCAUCGAGACAAAGCCAAUCGAUUGUUGACUGUAAUUUUUGCCAAAAAGAAACGAAAUACAAGUGUAUAACUUGCAAUAGUCCAGUUUGUAACCGUUGUAGUUUGUUUCAAGACGAUGAGGAAACUAUAGUUUGGGAGGCUGGAGUAUCUGUUGGAUAUUGCCCAAAUUGUGAAGGGAAUUCUACCACCGAUAGGCAUCCAGUCGAAUCACCGGAGAUGGAAAAUCAUUGCACUCCGUAUAAUUCAAAUACUUUUUACGCUGAAAGCCGAGAAACUUCAACACCCUCUCCGUUGAUUGGAAGAAAAAAUGGCUCAACUGAUGACGAAUCUGAAGUUAAUGAUAAUGACAAAGGUUCAAAAAAGAAAGCUGGCAGGAAAGCCUUGUGGACCGAGAACGUUCUAAAUGAUUUUAUCGAUAUUGUUGCUAACAGUGAUUACUACAAGAAAAAAUUAAUUUUCACGAAUACAAAAAACCAAAAGAAUGGUAAUAUAUACGAAAAUAUUUUGACAGAGCUUAAAGCAAGGUGCCAUGAAAGAAAAGAAAACAUAGACUUUACUGUGUCUCAAAUGCGUAAUAAAUUUAAGAAAUGCAUUGGAGAAUGCAAACAUGCUGCAAUGACCAUCAAAACUGCUAGUGGCAUAAAACGUUUCCAAGAAGGCAAAGGCUAUGGUAUAUGGUUCAAGCAGUUGUUUCAGCUUGUUCAAUCCAGAGACUCUUGCAGACCUGAGAUGGCAUUAGAACCUUCAUUUUCAAGUGAUAUCAGUAGCUCUAGCUCCAGUGCAGGGUGCGAAUUAGUUGAGAAAAAACGAUGUGCAAAUUUUUUGUUGAGUCCUUGUCCAAUGGGAGUUUCGUAUUCGUUAAGUAUUCUUCAACAUAUUUCUCAUUCAACGUUUCUUUCAAAUUUAGCUUAACUGCCAUCUUAUGUUGAUCAGAAUUCAUACGAUUUACCACUGUGUUUUUCUUUACAACAGCUGAUCCUGUUAUGAAUGUGCGAUAGAAAUUUUUUGCGCUUGUUAUUCUGUCCUCUUUGUUUGUACAAACUUUACAGCGCAGUGAAUUCACCACUUGGCCAUCAUCCUCGUAUUCAAGCCAGUCGGCAUUCAUUUAAUGUUUCUAUCCAUUUUUUUACUGUGUUAAUUUUGCUAGUACAACCUUUCGACGAAGAAGCCAUCAUGGCAAGAAAAACAAAAGCGAGAAGAGAAACAUGCACCUACUUUUGUCUUCUGAUUAUCUAAUAUGUUUUAUUGAUGUUUACUUAUAACAAAAAAUAUUUUUGUCUUUUUGCAAACAAUACGUAAAAGCAAAAAGUACGAUUAAUCAAGGUUGCCAGUUUGAUUUUUUUUUCUAACGUUUCGCUCCCAAAAAUCUUUUUGGCUUAUUUUUCAAAUUUGAAAAUUUUAAAGGUUUUUUUAGGAAUCAGAAAGAAAAUGUCUCCUGAUUUUAUUGAAAACACUCAAAAUAGCUAUGAUGCCAAAAAAAGAAAUGAUGUACAAACUACAAAACAACGCAAUGCAAAAAUUAAUAUUUAUAUAUGUAUUACAUCCGUAUAUGGUCAGAAGAACCAUGUAUGUCGAUCAGUUUGUCGACUGUUGACAGACUUUCCAGUCUCAAAGUGACGACGUUUCUGAAUUUGAUGACAUUGUGUCAA